AUAGUAUCAUCUCAUUAUAUAAAUUCCUGUUGCAGUAAAAUAAGAAUUAGAUCAGGAAGAAAAAUCAAGCAUUUUUUUUAAUGUAUAUGUAUAUAAAGAUCCAUCCAGUCCACAAAAAAUUAAGAAGACAACUAGGUAACGAAAUAGCGAUGACUGAAUUAUCAACAAUAAUCGAUUACAACCAGACGACACUCAAACCGGAACAAGAAUGGCCCUCGAUGGUCCCCGCGACUCUAUUACUAGUCUUUGGGAUAUCGGGAAACGUGUUAGCCUUGGUCAUUCUCUGCUGUUCUACCAAAACGCACAAAUGGCGACCGUUCUACCGCUUCGUUUGUGGACUUGCCAUCACAGAUGGAGGCGGGGUGCUACUGUCCUACCCAAUCAUCAUGGUUCGAUAUGGCUCCUAUUUCGAAUUUACCUAUCCGGAGCGUUUGUGUGACUACAUGGCAUUCGUAUUCAUGUUUACUAUCCUGGCCUCGGCUCUUAUUGUAUGUGCCAUGUCUUUUGACCGUUUUAUUGCAAUCCUGUAUCCUCACUUUUAUAACUCCCCCACCAAAAACAGGAGGGCUGUUUUAACUCUGGCAGGAAUUUGGAUUUUCUCUGCCUUUAUGUCCAGCCUCCAUUUGAUGGUUGGUCAGAAAAGCAAGAAUUUUUUCCCGGGUUCUUGGUGUUUUAUGGACUUUUCAGAUGCCGCCACAUCGAGUAGGAUCCUGGCAAUGUUGUAUUCCCUGACAGGCAUUCUGAUCCUCACCACUACAGCCGUACUGAACACCGUGGUGAUUGCCCGAGUCUGUUACGAUAGCCAAAAGAAGAAGAAAAACAUAACAAAGAAGAAGAAUAUCCACAUCAUUGUCUUCCUCUUCCUAAUCGUGGUCUUGUUUUCUUCAUGCAUUUCAUCGCUUUUAAUUAACAUAUUUGGCCAUGCAGUUGGAACAAUUUCGGGAAAUGGAGAGUUUGAACUUAAUUCGGUUCGUCUUUCCAUUUUGAAUUCAAUCAUUGAUCCCUGGAUCUACAUUUUAUUUCGGAAGGAUACAUUCGAUUUUUUCAAGCGAAGAGUCGGAAGAUUGGGAUUUAUUUCGGUAUCAAGCUCUUCCUCUGGGACUCAAUCCUCCAAAAAUGAAAGCCCCUCUAGCGAUCCGUAUGUUGAUGAGACGUCAAAGGAAAUGGUCAAUCCAGCCUAACUGGAACAACGCAUUAGAGAAUGUACAGUUCUGACGGGACGUAAAAACAGUGGCUGGUUAAGAUGUAAAACACAAAUCUAGACAAAGUGGAACCAAAGAAACAAUGAACUCCAUAUGUUAUAAAGAAAAUUUU